CUUAUAGGGGGUUGGAUGUGAAGGUGUUUAAGGGUAACAAUAAUAAUAAAAACACUCAUGUUACCCUUAGAUCCGUCUAGCACUAGGACCACUCAGCUGUGUGUCAGCUGAUGAGCCAGCCUCAUAUAUGCGACGCGAGUCUGUAUGGCCCGCAGCUUUUCUCAGCUUGUUGCGAAAACGGAUGUGCCUGCUUUAACAGGCCCAUGUCUGAAAACCCAGACAGACGGUCACAUUUGAACAGAAAGCCAGCUACACUCGAGUACGUCGGGGAAGUCAAAACAGCCGCAGCAGCAGCAGAGCAAGAUGGAGUGUGAGUGGAAGCCAGACGAGCAAGGACUUCAACAAAUUUUACAGCUGCUGAAAGAGUCUCAGUCGCCAGAUACGUCCACGCAGAGAUCCGUCCAGCAAAGACUUGAGCAGCUGAACCAGUAUCCAGACUUUAACAACUAUUUGAUAUUUGUUUUGACAAAGUUGAAAUCGGAAGAUGAACCAACGCGCUCCCUGAGUGGGCUGAUACUGAAGAACAACGUGAAAGCCCACUAUCAGAACUUCCCUAAUGGCGUGUCUGAUUUCAUCAAGAGCGAGUGCCUCCAAAACAUUGGCGACUCAUCUCCCCUCAUCCGGGCCACUGUGGGUAUCCUUAUCACCACCAUCGCCUCCAAGGGAGAGCUACAAAACUGGCCAGAGCUUCUGCCUAAACUCUGCCUGCUGUUGGAUUCUGAGGACUACAACACAUGUGAGGGAGCGUUUGGAGCCCUGCAGAAGAUCUGUGAGGACUCUGCUGAGAUCCUGGACAGUGACAUGCUGGAUCGUCCUCUGAACAUCAUGAUCCCCAAGUUCUUGCAGUUUUUCAAGCACAGUAGUCCGAAGAUUAGGUCUCAUGCCAUUGCCUGUGUCAAUCAGUUCAUCAUCAGCAGGACUCAGGCUCUUAUGCUGCACAUCGACCCUUUCAUUGAGAAUCUGUUUGCACUGGCGACAGACGAGGAACCAGAAGUGAGGAAGAAUGUGUGCAGAGCUCUAGUCAUGCUACUGGAAGUUCGCCUGGACCGUCUCCUGCCACACAUGCAUAACAUCAUAGAAUACAUGCUACAGAGGACUCAGGACCAAGAUGAAAAUGUUGCCUUGGAGGCCUGUGAGUUCUGGCUUACUCUGGCGGAGCAGCCAGUGUGUAAGGAAGUGCUGUGUGGACACCUCUCCCAGCUCACUCCGGUGCUUGUCAACGGGAUGAAGUACUCUGAGAUUGACAUUAUCCUGCUCAAGGGGGACAUUGAGGAAGACGAGGCCAUUCCGGACAACGAGCAAGACAUCAGACCGCGCUUCCAUCGCUCCCGCACAGUUGCCCAGCAGCAUGAGGGCGAUGGGAUAGAGGACGACGAAGAUGAAGAUGAUGAACUGGAUGAUGAUGAUGAUACUAUCUCUGAUUGGAACCUGCGUAAGUGUUCAGCUGCAGCGUUGGACGUGUUGGCCAACGUGUUCAGGGAUGAUCUGUUGCUGCACAUUCUGCCCCUACUCAAAGAGCUGCUCUUCCACCCAGAGUGGGUAGUUAAAGAGUCUGGCAUCCUAGUGCUGGGGGCUAUAGCUGAAGGCUGUAUGCAGGGCAUGAUCCCAUACCUGCCUGAGCUCAUUCCCCAUCUUGUCCAGUGUUUGUCUGACAAGAAGGCCCUGGUGCGUUCCAUCACCUGCUGGACACUGAGCCGCUAUGCCCACUGGGUUGUCAGCCAGCCCCCAGAUACUUACCUGAAGCCUCUAAUGACGGAGCUGCUCAAACGUAUUCUGGAUAGCAACAAGCGUGUGCAGGAGGCUGCUUGCAGUGCCUUUGCCACUUUGGAGGAGGAGGCUUGUACAGAGUUGGUGCCCUACCUGGCAUUCAUCUUGGACACGCUGGUGUUUGCUUUCAGCAAGUACCAGCACAAAAAUCUGCUCAUUCUUUACGAUGCCAUAGGAACACUUGCAGACUCAGUGGGGCAUCAUCUCAAUAAACCGGAAUACAUCCAGAUGUUGAUGCCUCCACUUAUCCAGAAAUGGAACCAGCUGAAAGAUGAAGACAAAGAUCUCUUCCCUUUAUUAGAAUGUCUGUCGUCCGUUGCUACUGCCUUGCAGAGUGGCUUCCUGCCCUACUGUGAACCUGUGUACCAACGCUGUGUCAACCUGGUCCAGAAGACUCUUGCUCAGGCCAUGCUCCAUCAGUCACAGCCAGACCAGUAUGAGGCUCCUGACAAAGACUUCAUGAUCGUGGCUUUGGAUCUUCUCAGUGGACUGGCUGAGGGUUUGGGAGGCACCAUUGAGCAGCUGGUUGCUCGUAGCAAUAUCCUCACUCUAAUGUACCAGUGCAUGCAGGACAAAAUGCCAGAGGUGCGUCAGAGUUCUUUUGCUCUGCUUGGGGAUCUAACCAAGGCUUGUUUCCAACACGUCAAACCAUGCAUCGCUGAUUUUAUGCCCAUACUGGGUACUAAUUUAAACCCGGAGUUAAUAUCAGUGUGCAACAAUGCAACAUGGGCAAUUGGAGAGAUAUCUAUACAAAUGGGGCCUGAAAUGCAGCCGUACAUUGCCAUGGUGCUGCACCAACUGGUGGAGAUCAUUAACAGGCCAAAUACCCCAAAGACUCUACUGGAGAACACAGCAAUAACAAUUGGUCGUCUUGGUUACGUUUGUCCUCAAGAGGUGGCACCCAUGCUACAGCAGUUUAUAAGACCCUGGUGCACCUCUCUACGAAAUAUAAGAGACAAUGAGGAAAAAGACUCUGCGUUCAGAGGAAUUUGCACUAUGAUCAGUGUAAAUCCGGGAGGUGUAGUGCAGGAUUUUAUAUUCUUCUGUGACGCAGUGGCCUCCUGGGUAAAUCCAAAGGAGGAUCUCAGAGACAUGUUCGGCAAGAUCCUUCACGGGUUUAAGAACCAGGUGGGAGAGGACAACUGGAGGCGCUUCUCGGAUCAGUUCCCCAUGCCACUGAAGGAACGGCUGGCAAGCUUUUACGGGGUGUAACUGUUACCACAGCAGUAUGCCUCCAUUACAGGGGUCAUUCACUAUGGGAGACAAUAUAGGGAACCUCUUUUACCCAGGGAACAUGUUACCCUUUACUAGGGGGGAAGGGUCUGCCUGCUGAGGGGAGGGAAGGGGUUGUUGACCCCUCCCCAACCUGACAGACGGGGUGGGAGGGAGGUGGUAGCUGCAGUACUCACUGCCCCCAUGCACAGGCAAGGGGGGAAGGGACCGGCUGAACAACUUUAUCAUGGGAGGAAAAUUCAUCUAAUCACAUCUCAAUCAGAAAUAAUGAAAUUUUAUCACCUUUUUCUCUAAACAUUUUGUUUUCUGUUACCUGAAUUACAGAAAAGAAAUGUAAGCAAAAAUGGAGAAAACUUUGCAAAAUUCUGUAAAGCAUUUGCUCUUUAGUUUUGGUUGGAUGAGGAGUUUGCACAUAUUGAAAGGUUUGUGCAGAAAAUGGUCUUCACUCCACCAGUAGAGUACAAGACUGCCCUUAUAAAAUGGAGUGAAGUUGAAGGUUCAUCAAGAGAUCUCUUCUUUAAAUACAAGGAUAGCUUAAAACUAAGGUAUAGCAGCUGAUGCUAAGAAUGCAUCAUAUUGGAUUUAACUCUGGAGAAUUUAAUUUUAUAAUGCGGCAUAUCACCAAGAAUAAGUUAUCUCCUAUAUAGUUAUCAGAAUUUUUUUUUUUUUCAAUGUUCCUAUCGUUUAGCAGGGCAAGCGCUGUUAAUUAUGUCGCUGGAGAGCACAAGACUUUCUUUUAAGAGCAGCUUUUCUGGGAAUAGGUAGCAUGCUUGUAUCAUUGUGAAAAGCUGUGGAACAUUAGUGAUGUGUGUUGCGUUUGACAGCCGUCAUUGCCCUGUGAUAAGGUUCUUCUUUGACCUUGUAAUUUAUCUAUUUACAGUACUUUUGUUUCCUCUACCAGAGAAUUACAGCAAUCAGCUGUAAUGUAGCAUGACUGGGUUUACACACCGAAAUUUAGGACGUGUCAAAUCUUGGCUGUGAUGUAAAGUUGGAGUGCAUCUCCCAGUUUGGUCUUGUAGUGUGAAUGUGACAUGAACAUUCAUCAGCAAGCAUAACAAAGCUUUAGAUGCUUACAGUCCUUUAUAUUGUCUGAGCCUCAUGAAGGAAAAGUGAAGGAGAAGCGCGUAGGAGACACCGUGGUGACACAAAUCCUGUCUUAGUGAUUUUUGUGACAUUGGCUGUCAGAACCAUGCAGUCCAUUGGAUGAAUGUUAAAUGUUUAUUUCUCAGUGUACUGAAGUAAAAAAAAUUUCCCUGGGUGUUUGGCUUCUUGUGCUAAAAGCAUGAUCUUAAGGAUGACUGUAUAGUGUUUUGGGUGGUUGUGUUUUGUGGGGUACUUGGAUGCUUUCAUCUCUUGCAUGUUGGUGGCCCCUCACACCCCAACAUAUAGUGGGAAGGGGAUUACGGGAGGGAGGGGAGGUUCAAAUAAAGGAUUAAAAAGUACAUAGUAACCAUUUAUGUAUUGCAACACUGGGACUUUUAUAACUUCACAUUUUCUUGCUGGAGUGUUCUCCCCCAAACAUUUACCCCAUAGCUGGAUGUAUAGUUUUUAAAUACUGUGAAACUACAACAAUGUUAUUGUCUCUGGUUGUUUUCCUCUGUUAUAUUUUAUAAAGUGUGUAAGUGUUUAAGUUACAGAUGGCCUGAAUGUAUUCCAUGAUGGGUUGGAGAGAUGGGAAGAUUUUUGUUUUUUACUGUUUUGUUUUUUUAAGCCCUGCCAGUCAUUUUUCCUCUGCUGGCCAGAGUAAUAACUGCAGUAUUUUAACCCUUUGUGACGACGCACAUGACAUGCACUUAAAUUUUAAAUUGCAAGUGCUUGAAGUUAAUGAUGUAGCCAAACCCUUCAGAAUAUGACCAUAGUGUUAACGAAGAUCCUUAAGUAUUGCUGCUAAAAUGUAUUAACCUAAUGCAAUAAGUAGUAGCAAUAAGUUAUUUGAUUGUGAAAGCAGUUUAGUGUCUUAUAAAGAUGUUCACAAUAUAAAAUAUGACACUCGUCUCUUAGAUUUAACAUUAAUGAGGUAAACAGUGGUCGAUACAGAAUAUAAUGCAUCAUGGAAUACAGAGGCAAAGGCUUGUAUGUGCCACAUCAUUUUGUGUUUUGAAGUGAUUUUGUCUGUCACAUUCCAGCUGUUUGGCAUGCAAAAAAUGGAGUAAUCACGGCUUGAUGGAGUGUGUGUGUGUGUGUGUGUGUGUGUGUGUGUGUGUGUGUGUGUGUGUGUGUGUGCACAGUCCUGUUAUUCUUUCAUUGAAAGAGUGUAGGUCUAUAAAACACACGUGAAACAAUCCCCACCAUUACUGUGCUGUAUUUCUGACUUGACUGCUGCUAUACAUUGUAGUUGUGUUUCACUACUUGAAUAUGUGUUUUCUAUGUGUUAACCUCAGGUUGUCUGUGUUCAGUGUUAUUUGUUAUCAUUUCCCCAAUGUGUAUGCCUUUAUCCAUCUCAACAACUAAAGAUUAGUAAAACUCUCACCCUUCAUAUUAAAAAUGGAUAACCAUGGGUGUUAAUUGACGUGAUGUUAUGUGUGCAACACUGCUAGCUGUCAAAUGUGAUUACAAUUGCAAGGCAGGGGGGAGAAUAAAAUGGAUCUUGCACAUACAUAAUGUACUUUUUGUCAAAAGUGAUAUCAGACUACGGUAGGAAAUGCCUUGAGAGCAAAGACUAAGGUUUUGUUGGUGUUUUGCUAUUGAUACACAGUACACGGUAUCUAAAGAAACAGGUAACAACAACUAAUUUACAAGCAAAGAAAUAGGUUGAUAACUUACAAUGUUAUAUACGUUUGACUUUCUAUAAAGCUUUAUUGAAAAUUUGUAUUUUAUAAAGCACCCAUCAAUAAUAAGGAAUGUCUAGUCAAAGAACUAUAUUCUCAUUUAGCCUUCAAACUUGAUUAGACGAUCUGCCUUCAUCUUUUUUGCUAGUAAAAGCAAAAACAUCAUUUUGAUAGACAUGGUUUGGGUUUUUUUUUUUUUUUUUUGGUUUUUUUCUUUUUUUUAAUAAGCUGCUGAAUUUAAAAAAAUAAUAAUACUUUGGGGCCACCAAAUAUUUUGGAUCAUGCAAAGAAUCUAUAUUGUACUGUAGUAAUUUUGUAAUAUUUGUAAGAUGAUAUAGUGGAUGUGACUGGUUACCAUUGCUUGAAUCUGUACAUUGUUCCAAUAAAUUGUUUACACUAU